AUGGAGCCGUCAGAGGCCACGGAGGGAGCCGUCAGAGGCCACGGAGGGAGCCGUCAGAGGCCACGGAGGGAGCCGUCAGAGGCCACGGAUGGAGCCGUCAGAGGCCACGGAUGGAGCCGUCAGAGGCCACGGAUGGAGCCUGACGGUCUCUACAUGUUACCACCCAACCACAGUGACUGUCUCUACAUGUUACCACCCAACCACAGUGACUGUCUCUACAUGUUACCACCCAUCCACAGUGACUGUCUCUACAUGUUACCACCCAACCACAGUGACUGUCUCUACAUGUUACCACCCAACCACAGUGACUGUCUCUACAUGUUACCACCCAACCACAGUGACUGUCUCUACAUGUUACCACCCAACCACAGUGACUGUCUCUACAUGUUACCACCCAGCCACAGUGACAGUCUCUACAUGUUACCACCCAGCCACAGUGACAGUCUCUACAUGUUACCACCCAGCCACAGUGACUGUCUCUACAUGUUACCACCCAGCCACAGUGACGGUCUCUACAUGUUACCACCCAGCCACUGUGACUGUCUCUACAUGUUACCACCCAACCACAGUGACUGUCUCUACAUGUUACCACCCAACCACAGUGACGGUCUCUACAUGUUACCACCCAACCACAGUGACGGUCUCUACAUGUUACCACCCAGCCACAGUGACGGUCUCUACAUGUUACCACCCAGCCACAGUGACGGUCUCUACAUGUUACCACCCAGCCACAGUGACAGUCUCUACAUGUUACCACCCAGCCACAGUGACAGUCUCUACAUGUUACCACCCAACCACAGUGACGGUCUCUACAUGUUACCACCCAUCCACAGUGACUGUCUCUACAUGUUACCACCCAUCCACAGUGACUGUCUCUACAUGUUACCACCCAACCACAGUGACUGUCUCUACAUGUUACCACCCAGCCACAGUGACUGUCUCUACAUGUUACCACCCAGCCACAGUGACUGUCUCUACAUGUUACCACCCAGCCACAGUGACUGUCUCUACAUGUUACCACCCAGCCACAGUGACUGUCUCUACAUGUUACCACCCAACCACAGAAAGAGGUUCAGCUCUUCCCUUCAGGCAAG